CCAAAAAAAAAAAAAAAAAUUCAAUUUCUUCCCCCUUUUGGAUACUUUUCCAGGUCAACAAACACAUUUUCUUCUUUUCUUUUGGAUCUGAAAAAAAGAAAAAAACCAUAAUUUCCCAAUUUCCAUAUAAAUUUACCUCCAAAACCAAAAGUUUCCGAUUUCCCUCCAAAUCUUUCAAAAACUCAAAUCAAAUGCUGUUCCAUUUCUCUCCACUCCAACCCUCUCUCUCUUCUUUCUCUCUCUAUUUAUUCAGAUCAUGAAAGCUUUCGCCUUCCCAUCUCUCUUCUUCCCUCCCCAAAUCUUCAACCCCUCCUCUUUCUGCAACACAAAAUCCAUGGCCUCCUUCAAGCCCUCCAUUCCCACCACCAGUGACUCUUCUACCUCCGGCGAGGUCCAUGUCAUCAUGGGUCCCAUGUUCGCCGGCAAAACCACUGCCCUACUCCGCCGGAUCAAGUCGGAGGUCAACAGCGGCAGGAAUGUGGCGAUGAUAAAAUCGAGUAAGGAUACAAGAUACGCCAUUGAUUCGGUUGUGACGCACGAUGGGAUGAAGUUUCCGUGCUGGGCGCUGCCUGAUCUGUCAUCGUUUCGGCAGAAUUUUGGAGGAGAUGCUUAUGACAAGCUUGAUGUCAUUGGUAUCGACGAGGCUCAGUUUUUUGAAGAUCUAUAUGAUUUCUGCUGCAUGGCUGCUGAUCAUGAUGGGAAAACUGUGGUUGUUGCAGGCUUGGAUGGCGAUUACUUGAGGAGGAGCUUUGGCUCGGUUCUUGACAUAAUACCUCUUGCUGAUUCUGUGACCAAGUUGACGGCUCGAUGUGAAAUGUGUGGCAAACGAGCUUUCUUUACCCUGAGGAAGACGGAGGAGACUAGGACGGAACUGAUUGGUGGUGCUGAUGUGUACAUGCCUGUGUGUCGCCAACAUUAUGUCAACGGACAAGUUCUCAUUAAAACAGCAAGAAGUGUAGUGGAGUCGCAUCAAUUUAAGAGUGUCAGUGACACAUUUUCUGAAGCAACUCCAGUUGUUUAGUGACAAUAGUGGAUCUUUCACAGCCAGUAUGUCUUUUGUUUGCUGUGUAUUUGAAUCGAGCAAUCAGCGUGUUGCCUGCUCUUGUAGUCCAAGUGAAUGAGAAAAACUAUUCUUAUAUUGGUGCCCUGGUUGCAAGUGAAUGAGAAAAACUACAUUUUCAAAUAAAAAAUUUCAUGGGCAGUUAUUCACGCCUUCUUUACGACCA